UUUGAGGCAGGCUUAAAACACAGAAAACCUGGAGCCAAGUCAGUUCACCAAGUAACCACUAGAGGACUUGUAGGACAGGAACUGUUCAUUGACAUGGGAAUGUACCUGUGCAACAAGAACAAAUGUAUUGUUCCAAAACCCUGCCAGAUCUCAGUGGAUUAAGAGUAGUUAUGACAACUAAACUAGGUGUGCCUUGACACUGAGUCAUCUGGACUUAUUGUCUUUUCAGAAAGAGACAAUAAGUCCAGAUUCCAUGACUCAACAUGAUGUCAGCGUCACCUGUAUGAAUGAGUGUCUUUAUUGUGAUAUGAACUAGGUGUACAUUUUUGUAAACGUAGUUUUUAUUUUUUAGGCGAACCAAAAAAUGCCAUCAAAAGGGUGAAGAAUGAUGAUUGACCAUUGAAUUUCCUGUUCUGCUUCAGUCUUACUGGUUGACUUUUGAUAGCAGUUAGGUUUGUUUGUCCCGCCUACUCAUCGACUAUUAGAAAGGUCAGCUGAUGUCAUAUCCUGUUAAAAAAACAUUUAACAUUGGCCGUAUAUGUUUAAAUGUUUACAGUUUUUGGUUCAAAGGUCAAUACAGAUAUGCAUCCUUCAAUGAUAGUGUGCAUUGGUGCGCUUAAUCAUUGGUUGUUCUUUGACAUAGAGACUCAUGAAUUGGUCUGAAACAUCCCAAAAACACAACGGUUGCUAUGGUCCACUCACCUAUACCAUGGCUCCAAUUUUGAAUACAACUUUUUAGAAUCAUAAGGUUGCUGGAGCCUAUCUGAGUUACUGUUGGACGAAAGUGGUUUACAUCCUGGACAGGGAACUGAAAGGGUCGCAGCGACACACUGCCACUUAUACUUACAUUACAACUGUGUUGUGUUUUGUAGAAAAAUAAUUUGGAUUGUUUUAGUUUGUGAUGCCAAACAAGAGUGACGUUUUACGUGCAAAAAUAACAGCUUUGUUGCUUUAAAUUGACCAUAACUAGCUCUUUUUGUCCAGAGUUGAUGCCAGAUUAUUUUCUAAGAAGAAUAUUUGGUGUAAUAUUUUAUUUGGGACAGUCAAGGGCCAAGUGACGAGACAACACCUACAGUGUUGUUUUUUCAAAUCCUUAGUCAAAGAAAGCUGAAGGCUGAAUGCAGCAAAUGAGCUGCUGAAAACAGUCUUUAUGUUUGUAAUCCUUUCUGAGUAAACUGCCUGUCAACAGAUAAAGUCUCAGAAUAUCCAAAUAUAAUGGCGCUUUUUAGAAGUUAAAAGUGAAACUGAGCAAUUAAUUAAACUGUAUUCAAGCGUGUUCAAAGCAUUUUUCCCACACAAAUCUUUUGCUUGCUGCCAAAUGCGACUCCACCGUUUAUUUCGUAUUUUCUAAUGCAAGUCAGCUCUUGCAGCUGCUUCUCGGUUGCGUAAAAACAAAUCACGAUUUUCCUUGUAUUUCAGUAUUGUGUUCCUUUUAUAUUUAUCUCUGGCAUGUUUUCUGUCUGGUUGAACCAGUUUUCUUUUCAGUAUCUGGUUCUUCUGUAUAGUGGGACAGACAAGUAGAGACUCAUCAAAGUUCUGACAGUUGACAUUGCAGCUCAACUGUAUCUUGGGUGUCUUUUCCCUAAUGUGGGAAAACGCUUCACGGUCACUUGAAAUCUUCAGCAAACCCUUCAACAGAUUGCUGUAAAGUUCAGGGCAUAAAUUCAGCUGAAAGCAGCUAAAUGUCUCAUGAAGAAACCUAAAUCUGAAAACAAACAAAGAUUUGAGUCUUAGGGGUUAAACUUGUAGGGGAUUGUGACAUCACCGACCCAGAUUACAGCAGAGCUGUCUGCUCUUUUUUUCUCUUCAAGCCACGUCUUGGUUCUUUUGAAACAGGUGGUGCAGAGUUUUUUGCAGAGUCAAAGUGUCACGCCUACAUGAAGUGAACUUAUGGCAAAACCACGUCAAACGCAUUUUGGGUUUCUAUCUUUAUCUGGACGCCUCCCUGGGGAGGCCCCGGGGAAGACCCAGCACACGCUGGAGAGACUAUGGCUCUCGGCUGGCCUGGGAACACCUCGUGGUCCCCCCAGAGGAACUGGAGGAAGGGGCGUCUGCUUAGACUGCUGCCCCCGUGACCCGGUCCAGAAUGUCCGGAAGAAGAUGGAUAGAUGGAUGGAUGGAUCUUUUUCUUCUUGAUAUUGAUAAAAACAGCUGGAUACCAAUAAUUUUAUAUGAUAUCUGUGUGGGAAAUAGAGAUUUUUUUAUUUAUAAGUUGGACAAGAUAAUGUGGAAGCUAAGCUCCCCACAACAGUUUUGUUUUGUUAAUUGUGCAAAACACCUUGCAUGUUGUGCAUCUUUAAGACGCCACUAGGUGGCGCUUGCAAAAUUCUGAGAAGAGAGAGAGUUUUUCUGAGAAAGACCAGCACGUUAACAGGGUCCGUGGCUGGUGAGCUAAAAACGAAAAAGGAAGUGCAGUUGCCUUUUCAUGUCGGUGGACUAAUAAACAACUGAAUUCUAUCAAGCGGCCUCCUCAUCUCUUUCAAGAGUGCAACAAAAUUUGGUAGCAGAGGAUGGUUCAGCGGUGCAUGGACAGCCUUUGAGUCGGACCGAAGGGAAAGGAGCACGAUGGAGUUGGAGCAGCUACAGGACAAGCUAAGUGAAGCCUUGGUGCAGCUACAGCCUGAGCAGCUACAGAAGGUAUGCUCUUUUGCGAAGAUCGACCCGGGACUGUUAUCCAAAAAGCACACGCUGAUAAGAUUGAUAAGUGAAGAAGUAGAAAAAAUUGUUGAAAGCGAAGAGGAGGAUACCACGUGCGCUUUUCUGCUUAAGCUAAUCAGCUAUGCUAAUGAGGCUAAGCCAGCCACGCUGCAGCCUUCCCCGCCACCGCAGCUUCAAACCGCAGACACAAGUCAUGAUCAUGCUGAAGCUCUUUUGAGUUUACAAAAGCAAUAUGCGGUUCUGCAGGAAAGUUUCGUAGAGUCAACUAAGCGGAUUGAAGCAGAAAUGGCCAAAUUAACAAUGAGAGGGGCAGGCCAAGCACAAAGUCACCCGAGUCUGACGCAGCACGUGGUCCCCCCAGCUCCUACUCUGCCUGAAGUGAGCAUUAGAAAAGAGUUUCGGAUUAAUGGCCAGAUCGGAGAGCGGGGACAAAAGGACAAAUUGUCUUAUUCAAACCUCAUCCACCAGAUUGACAUGGGUUUAAAGAAAAAUCACAGUGAGGCUGAUAUCAUUGAAGCGGUUGUCAGAGCAGUGAGUCCUGGUCUCAGCUUGCGUGAUAUGCUGGAGAUAAAGUCAGACCUCACCCUCUCACAGUUGCGGACAAUCCUGCGUGGACAUUAUAAAGAGGACAGUUCCACUGAUCUUUACAAUUGCUUGAUCAAUCUCACCCAAGAAUGUAAUGAGUCACCACAGAACUUUUUGUUUCGGGCCAUUGAAUUAAAAGAAAGACUGUUGCUAGCAUCAAAAGAGCCUGGUGCAGAAGAACAGUACAGCCCCGAGUUGAUUCAGAGAAAGUUCCUGAGGGCUGUGGAAACUGGACUGUUAAGUGCUGAUAUAAAAUAUCAACUAAAGCGCUACUUGGAGGAUCCAGCUGUUACUGAUGAGCACCUGAUAGCCAAAAUAAAUGCAGCUGCUAGUCUUGAAUGGGAAAGAAAGCAAAAGUUCAAAAAGCACGUCAGAGAACCCAGGGUCAAAGAAGUCAGAGUGGAAGCCCAAGCAGGUCCAGAGACGGCAGUGGCCAGUGUGAGUAGCCGACCAUGUCCUACAAUGACAAAAGGUAAAACGCCUGAAAUGCCAAAUGCAACACGCACGGAAUCAGAGCUUCUUGACAUGGUAACACAGCUUAAAGGGGAAAUGGAAGAGAUAAAGAAAGCCAUUCGUGAGUCUCCCCGAGCCCCUUUUCAUUUCAGAACCAACAGGAAAAGAGGGUGCAAGAGCUGUCAGGCUGCAAACAAUGGAGAGCAAUGCGACCACUGUUUCAAAUGUGGGAGGAGUGGCCAUUUGUCACGGGACUGUAGAUCUGGAAAAACACAAGGUAAAGGGCCAGUAAACAUGGCUGCUAGCACUGUCAUCACCAGACCUACACAAGCUGAGACACAAGAGCUUUACCAGCUAGUAACAGACAGCAUUCAGAAAUUAGAGGCAAGGUUGGCAGCUAAAACAGAGUCAACUCCGGAUAAAGAAACCAUUAGUGUCAAUCUACUGUCCCCAAAUCGCAGAUCACAGCUUCUCAACCUGAUUGGAAAAAAAUAUGUGAUUUCCUGCUCACUUAAUGAUGUGGAAACAAAAGCUUUGUGGGACACAGGAUCGCAGGUCUGCCUCAUAAAUGAGACUUGGAGACAACGCAACAUGCCAAACACAACAGUCAGGGAUCUAAUAGAGUUAGUUGGUCCAGAUAUGUUGGAUGGGAGGGCAGUAAACCAGACACCAAUUCCAUUUUCCGGGUGGGUGGAGGUUACUUUUAAACUUCCAACAGACACUUGUUCGAAAAUCGAGCUGCUUGUCCCAGUGUUAGUGGCAUCCGGAGUGGGAGUGGCGGAGCAACCCAUAAUUGGAUUUAAUGUGAUUGAACAGGUCCUUAAGAUGGGCAUAGAACCUCCUGAUGCAAUCAGUGAUGCAGUCAGCACCGCCUUUUCCUUUGAUUGUAAAAAGACUGAAGUUUUCUUAAAAGUGAUGCAAAAUGGAGAGGAUGGCUUGGGAGAAGGCAUUGUAAAAUUGGGUUGUGACACAGUGACUGUUCCUGCUGGCCAAACUAAAACAGUAAAGUGUUUUGUCCGAACUGGCACCCUUACAGACGCACAGGAUGUACUGUUUGAGCCGAGCCAACACACUCAAUUACCAGAGGGGUUACAGGUGCAGAAGGGGGUAGUAAGGUUAAAAAGAGGAAAACGGGCAGCAGUAACGAUUCCAAUUACAAACAGUACAACUUAUGACAUUCGGCUGCCAGGUAAAACCAUUUUUGGGCAAACGCAAAGACUCAAGGUCAUCUACCCUGCAGAAAUGAGACCCACUACGGUAGGGCAGGUUGGGACAAACACAGUAAACUCAAAGGCGGAAAACGGAGAAGGCAAAGAAACAGACCUCACUGAAAAGGAGCCGGUGGACGCCUGGGAACCUCCGGUUCCCCUGGAUCACCUUUCUCCAGCCGAGAAAGACAAAGUCAAACAGCUUUUAAGGGAGGAGAGAGAUGCUUUUGCACGUGAUGAGUAUGAUGUAGGUACAAUUCCCUCUCUGCAGUUGAAAAUAAGACUGAACGACCCCACCCCUGUUAAAAAGACAUACAUUUCAGUCCCCAAGCCACUUCAUAAAGAAGUAAAAGAAUACUUGGAAGAUCUGUUAAACAGGGGUUGGAUAACCAAAUCAAAGUCAUCUUACUCAAGUCCCAUUGUCUGUGUGCGGAAAAAAGAUGGGGGCCUUCGCCUGUGCUGUGACUUCAGGGAGCUAAACAAAAAGUCAAUACCCGAUCGCCACCCUAUUCCCCGCAUACAGGACAUGUUAAACAGUCUGAAGGGAAGUGCCUGGUUCUCAGUCCUCGAUCAAGGCAAGGCAUAUCACCAGGGCUUCCUGGAAGAAUCCAGCCGUCCCCUCACUGCAUUUAUUACGCCCUGGGGUCUCUUCGAAUGGGUAAGAAUUCCCUUCGGUUUGUCCUCAGCUCCAGCAGCAUUCCAGAGAUCAAUGGAGGAGUGUUUGUGGGGGUUGAGGGAUGAUAUCUGUCUGCCUUACCUCGAUGAUAAUCUUGUUCAUUCACAGACUUUUGAUGAUCAUCUGCGGGAUCUAAGAGACGUCCUACACCGAUACAAAAGCCACGGAGUGAAGUUGACUCCUCGUAAAUGUGAGGUUUUCAAAAAAAAGUGAAACAGAGCAAGCAGUCACUUCCAUUGCUGAACUUCCAAAAACAGUCUUGAGAAGGGCUCAAGAAGAAGAUGCAGUCCUAGGAGAUGUUGUGCGCUAUGUGGAGUCAAAUCAAUGGCCAAAAAGUGGAAAACGUCUUAAUAGCAAAGUUGCAGCAUUAUUUAGAGAAAAACACAAACUAAAAAAAGGUGAGGAUGGGCUAAUUUACAGACAGACUGCAUCCCGCACCCAGCUGCUGUUGCCUCAGAAGUAUCACAAGCUAGUUUAUAAGGAGCUUCACGAAAAGAUGGGUCACUUAGGGGUGGAGAGAGUCAUGAAUCUAAUCAGAGAGCGAUUUUACUGGGCUAACAUGCAGAAAGAUGUAACACAUUACAUCACAAAGGUGUGCAGCUGUUUAAAAAACAAGCGUCCCAACAGGCCCACAAGAGCCCCUUUGACUAACAUCAUCACCACCUACCCCUUUGAGCUAGUCUCUGUGGACUUCCUGCAUCUGGAAAGAUGCAAAGGCGGUUAUGAGUAUAUUCUGGUUUUAAUGGACCAUUUUACACGUUUUGCUCAAGCCUACCCCUGCCGCAACAAAGCCGCCCACACUGCCGCUGAGAAGAUCUUUGGAGACUUUGCACUCAGGUUUGGGUUCCCCACCCGUCUCCACCACGAUCAGGGAAAAGAGUUCCAAAAUAAACUGUUUGCAAAGUUACAGGAGUAUAGUGGUGUCCAGGGGUCCAGAACAACUCCCUACCACCCACAAGGAAAUGGGCAGGUGGAGCGGUUUAACCGCACUUUGUUGGCUAUGCUCAGAAACCUGCCAGAAGCAGACAAGGCUGAUUGGAAGUCGUCUCUUGCCAAGGUGGUUCAUUCCUAUAACUGCACCAGGAGUGAGGCAACGGGAUAUGCACCCUAUUACCUUUUGUUCGGCCGCAGCCCAAAGCUCCCAAUCGAUCUAAUGUUUGGUCUAGAAACCAGAGAACAGAGUUCAUCUCAACAGGACUACGCAGAAAAAUGGAGAGCUAAAAUGGCUGAAGCUUAUAGGCUAGCCUCAAAGUCAGCUCAAAAGGAAGCCAUGAGAGGAAAAGCCCUGUACGACAGAAGGACAUAUGGUGCAGAAUUGCUUCCUGGCUCCAGAGUGCUUGUUAGAAACCUAACAGAAAAAGGAGGGCCAGGAAAACUAAGAUCAUUCUGGGAACAUCGAGUUCAUGUAGUAACCCAAAGGAAGCACCAAGACACCCCAGUGUAUGAAAUUAAACCUGAAAAUGGCAAAGGACGCACCCGGGUAAUGCACAGAAAUUUACUCUUGCCAUGUGACUUUCUCCCGCUGGACACAGAAGACUCUCAACAAGAAAAAAUGAGAAAGAAAAGAUACACUCAAGAACAUCAGGUGAACACUCGAGAGAGCUCAGCUGAUGAAGAAGAGGAUGAAGAGUGCUGGCGUGCGAUUAGCGGACUGCCAGCUGGAAGGGAUACACGCAGCCGCCUUCAACUCAGAGCUGAAGCGCCAGUGUUUCACCCCUACAACAAAAGAAGUCAAGAGAGUGAGAACAGCGACUCAGAUGAAGAUGCAGGACCACUGGAGCCUGAUGAUGCAAUGGCUCCAGGUGACCCAGCUGAGAAAGAUGAGGUCCAGGCAGAGGUGCCGUUUGAGUCCAGUUCCAGUGACCAGGAAGAUCCUCCCUACAACUCUGUGAAACAGUAUCCUUUCCGACAAAGAAAAAAAAGACAAGUGUUUACCUAUGAUAAAUUAGGUCUGCCUAGCACUUCAUAUGUUUAAGUGUAAAAAUGAAGUGUAACAAAUAGGCUAUGUUAAAGAAAAAAAAAAACAUUAAGUUAAUGAAUAGUUGUAAUGUUAAACUUAUUCUAAUAUUGACCAAUAUUUGUUAUGUUUAGAAAAAAAAAAGAUUUUAGUAUGUUUGAUUACCAGGCAAAAGAGCCACAUGUGGGUUACACUGGUAGGUUAUUUCUAUGUUGAGUGCCUUACUCUCAGGAAAGAUGCAGAUACCCUCUGUUGGUGGUUGGUGUAGGAGACUGUCAUCGUGCACAAAGGCAUCUUCUACAGACAUGCAGCAUGGAAAAAAAGGAGAUACAUGCUGUAUUGUGGACUGUAACCAGUUAGCAUCUUGAUUUACACUAAUGUUCCUGACUCCUACAUAGUGUGACCCUGCUUUCAUGUAAUACGUUGUUUCCAUAUGUGGACUGUUGAUAAUUGAUGUUUACAUUUUUUUUCUCAGAUAUUUUAGAAUGUCGAGGCGACAUUACAAUUUUGAGGGGAGAGUGUGGGAAAUAGAGAUUUUUUUAUUUAUAAGUUGGACAAGAUAAUGUGGAAGCUAAGCUCCCCACAACAGUUUUGUUUUGUUAAUUGUGCAAAACACCUUGCAUGUUGUGCAUCUUUAAGACGCCACUAGGUGGCGCUUGCAAAAUUCUGAGAAGAGAGAGAGUUUUUCUGAGAAAGACCAGCACGUUAACAGGGUCCGUGGCUGGUGAGCUAAAAACGAAAAAGGAAGUGCAGUUGCCUUUUCAUGUCGGUGGACUAAUAAACAACUGAAUUCUA